CCAAUUUUCAACAAAUCUUUAUAUGCCACCGCAUCUGGGUACAUCAACUGCGGUACCAACACAUACUAUACCCGUUAAUAGUGUACCACAAGGGUCGGUGGGAUCACACUCUAAUGCUUCAACUCCUCACUCUCAUGCAUCGUCUCCUGUAAAUCAGCCGCCGUCAAACGGAACCCACAUUACUCCUGCUCACACUCCUACCCCAACUGGACAUCCUGGACCGGCUCUCACCCCUCAGCCUAUUGUGUAUCACGGACUCAUACAACAUUCUCUUCAGUCUGGCACUAACGUUCUUAAUUCUACAACCUCCCUGAAUAAUCACAUAGCUCACUUUAAUCAACAUUCCCAUAAUAACCAUCCUAAUUACGAGGCAUCAUCACACCUGUUGGUGUUCAUGCCCCAACAAUUUCAUCCAGUAUUUCAGAGUUAUCCUAUCCAUGGCCAGAAUCCCGGCAACCAUACAACUACACCCACCCAGAUAAUACCGCAUAGCGUCAUUCACUCUAAUGCCAUUUCUACAUCAAUGGCAAGUGCUCCUUUUAUACCAAAUCAUCAAGCCGAAAAUGUCGAAUGA